AACAACCCCAGCCGCAGCAGCAGGUCUACAGAGGCUUGUGUUUCACAUCCUGCUUUUUGUUUCAAGCUGGUUGUUUGUGAGGUCUUCUGACAAACAGAGAUGUGUUGACACAACAGGCAGCCGACGGAGAGAGAACACCAGGAUGAGGACUUUGUGAAAGUCCGCUGUGGAGCACAGAGGGAGCAGGAAAGGGGGGGGCCGGUCACUCUGCAUAGAUGGAGCGGCUCCACUGGGUGCAGCAUCGCUGUCGGCAGCUCCUGGCGGGAGACCCGGGCCGAGGCUGGUACUCUACCUCUGAUGGUCUGCCCAGCAAGAGCUUCCUGGACACCCACAGCUCGCCACAGAGAGUCGGCGGGAAGCGGAGAACGGUGUUUGCCCGCCAUGGACCCCGCCAACAGGAGUACGAAGCCGUGUCCAAAAACUACAAGGGCAACGCCAUCAGAACUACGAAGUACAGCUUGUUGACAUUCAUCCCCAUGAACCUGUUCCAGCAGUUCCACAGGGCUGCCAACCUCUACUUCUUGUUUCUGGCGUUGCUCAACUGGGUGCCGGUCGUUGAAGCCUUCCAGAAGGAGAUCACCAUGAUUCCUCUGCUGGUGGUUCUCACGGUUAUCGCCAUCAAAGACGCCCUGGAAGACUACAGGCGCUACCUGUUCGACAAGAAGGUCAACAACAAUGUAGUGCGAGUUUUCUGCAGUAAGCAAAAGGCGUACAUUCAGCGAUGCUGGAAGGAUGUUCAUGUGGGCGACUUUGUCCGUCUGUCCUCCAAUGAAAUCAUCCCGGCUGACAUGCUGCUGCUGUACUCCUCCGACCCACGAGGGGUUUGUUACAUCGAGACCUCCAACCUGGACGGAGAGACCAACCUGAAACAGAGACAGGUGGUGUCAGACCUCCCUCUCCAGGGAGCAGACUUGACUCUUGAGAACUUCAAAAGUCGAAUCGAGUGUGAGAAUCCAAACAAUGACCUCAACAGGUUCAGAGGUUACAUGGAGCACCCCAGUGGGGUUCGUGUGGGCCUCCACAACAGCAACCUGCUGCUGAGGAGCUGCACCAUCCGCAACACAGAGACGGUGGUGGGCAUCGUGGUCUACGCUGGUCAUGAGACUAAAGCCAUGAUGAACAACAGCGGGCCGCGCUACAAACGCAGCCAGCUGGAGAAGCGUCUGAACACAGACAUCCUGUGGUGCGUGCUGCUGCUCGUGGUCAUGUGUCUGACUGCUGCUGUGGGUCAUGGUCUGUGGCUGCAGAACCUCAAAGAUCCGAUCUUUCAGGUCGAUGGACAGACGUCUCCGGCUCUGGCCGGGUUCUACGUCUUCUGGACCAUGAUCAUUGUGCUGCAGGUGCUGAUCCCCAUCUCUCUGUACGUGUCCAUUGAGAUCGUUAAACUGGGUCAGAUCUACUUCAUCCACAACGACCUGGCUCUGUACAACGAGCAGCUGGACUCCAGGAUCCAGUGCCGGGCCCUGAACAUCACGGAGGACCUGGGUCGGAUCCAGUACCUGUUCUCUGAUAAGACGGGAACUCUGACGGAGAACAAGAUGGUGUUCCGCCGCUGCAGCAUCUACGGGGUCGAAUACCCUCAUGAGGAGAACGCUCGGAGGCUGGAGGUGUACGAGAUGGAGAAGAACGAGGCGGCCGGUCACUCUGUGACACUGAAGUCUGGCUGCAGCGGGAAAUCUCUGAGCUGUCGCUCUCUGAGCUGUAACCGCAGCUCCGUGUCUCUGCACACGCUCACCAACGAGGUGGACGAGGAGGAAGACCAACUGACCAACGACUUCCAGUGCAGAACCAGCGCCUUCUGCAGCCGCGUGGCGAGGGAGGUGGUACCGGACCCUGAGCUGGUGAAGAAGCUGAACUGGCUCUGCUCUCCUGUGCUGUCUCUGAGGGACGGCUCCUCGGGGACUCCAUCCAGCCUGGAGCUCACCUACAUCACAGACUUCUUCCUAGCUCUGGCCAUGUGUAACAGCGUGGUGGUGUCCUCGCCCAGCCAGCCUCGACAUAUGGUUCCUGAAGCACGAACGCCUCUGAAGUCUCUGGAGGAAAUCAAGCUGAUGUUCCAGCGCUUCAGCUUCUCUCCUUUCUCCACCCUCUCCACCUUCUCCCCUCCACAGAUCAGAGGCAGCCCCCACAGCUUCACCAGCAGGCUUUUCACCCGCGGGAAGAACGGCUCCUUCACCCUCCCUGCGACCCCCGAGAGCGCCGCAGAGAGCCCGGAAACAGGCCCAGAAAAGCAACAGGAGACCUCCAACCUGUGGACUGACCUGGAUCUAUCCUCCGGGGUCGACAGAGAAGACGCCGCACAGGUGGAGGAGAGAGGGGAUGACAUCACUAGCCCUGAUGGGAGGGACCCGAGCCGAGACGUGGACUCUGAUGACGAGCUGCUGUACGAGGCGGAGAGUCCAGACGAGGCGGCUCUGGUUCACGCGGCGCAGGCGUACUGCUGCACCCUGAGGGGCCGCUCUGCAGAGAACCUGCUCGUGGAUCUGCCAGGAAUCGGCUCUCUGGCGGUCCAGCUGCUCCACAUCCUGCCGUUUGACGCCAACAGGAAGAGGAUGUCAGUGGUGAUCCGCCACCCGCUCACAGGACAGGUGGUGGUCUACACAAAGGGGGCGGACUCGGUCAUCAUGGACCUGACGGAGAUGCCCAAAGGUGCAGAGCGGGCUCAGGAAAUCUACGGUCACAUCAGAGAACAAACCCAGAAACACUUAGACAGCUAUGCCCGAGACGGCCUGCGCACGCUCUGCAUCGCUAAGAAGGUUCUGGAGGAGGAGGAGUACGAGGUGUGGCUGAAGAGACAGCUGCUGGCAGAGAGCAGCAUCGAGAACAGAGAGGAGCUGCUGCUGGAGUCGGCUCAGAGGCUGGAGACUGACCUCACGCUGUUGGGUACCACGGGGAUUCUGGACCGACUGCAGGAGGAGGUCCCGGAGACCAUCGAGGCUCUUCAGAGGGCGGGGAUCAAAGUCUGGGUCCUCACAGGGGACAAGAAGGAGACGGCCAUCAACAUCGCCUACGCCUGCAAACUCCUCCGUCCCAACGACCAGCUGCUGACCGCCAGCUGUGGAAGCAAGGAUGCGUGUGCGGCUCUACUACAGGAGCUCAGACUGGAAGUGCAGCGCGGUGAAGUCGGCUCGACUGAAGCGGCAGAAGCCGGGAAUCAUGAGAGAUCCUCGUCGGACAGCGGGACCGGUUUCGUCCUGGUUACAGACGGCCGUACGCUGGACUGGGCCCUGCAGGAGGAGCUGAAGAGCGAGUUCGUGGAGCUGAGCUGCAGGUGUAAGGCGGUGAUCUGCUGCAGGUCCACGCCGCUGCAGAAGAGCCAGGUGGUCCAGCUGGUCCGCGACCAGCUGGGCGUCAUGACCCUGGCUGUGGGAGAUGGAGCGAAUGAUGUGAGCAUGAUCCAGGUGGCUGACGUGGGCAUCGGGAUAUCUGGUCAGGAGGGGAUGCAGGCUGUGAUGUCCAGCGACUUUGCCAUCUCCAGAUUCAAACACCUCGGUAAGCUGCUGCUGGUCCACGGCCGCUGGUGUUACUCUCGUCUGGCAAACAUGAUCCUCUACUUCAUCUACAAGAAUGUGAUGUAUGUGAACCUGCUGUUCUGGUAUCAGUUCUUCUGCGGCUUCUCUGGGAGUGUCAUGACAAACUCGUGGGUGCUCAUCUUCUUCAACCUGCUCUUCACCUCCGUUCCGCCCAUCAUCUACGGCGUCCUGGACAGAGACACACCUGCCGACACUCUGAUGGAGCUGCCCGAGCUCUACCAGGACACACAGUCCUCCAAGGUUUAUGUUCCCUCCAAGUUCUGGAUCACAGUCCUGGAUGCUUUUUAUCAAAGCCUUGUCUGCUUCUUCGUGCCUUAUUUUGUCUUUGCAGGAUCAGACGUGGGGGAUCUGACCUUAGGGUCUCCGAUCAACGCCUCGGCGCUCCUCAUCGUCCUGCUGCACCAAGUCAUCGAGAGUCACACUCUGACGUGGAUCCACGUGCUGGUGCUGGUGUUCAGUGCUGGGUUCUACUUUGGCUUCGUGCUGUUCUUCAGUUUGAUCUGUGUGACCUGCAGCCCCCCCACCAACCCUCUGGGGGUGGAGACACUCAUGAUGUCCCAGCCUCAUUUCUACAUCGUGUGUGCUCUCACUACUGUGACGGCUCUGUUACCCAGGCUGUUGUUUCGAGUUCUACACAACACCUUCCACUCCUCUGCCGCUCUGAAAUCAACUCAGACAGACAAAGUGGAUUCAGAGAAGUACCGCAGGAGGAUGCAGCGGUGGAACAGGAAACACCCCCCGGCCAAAAGAGUGCCGGUAUGUGUGGAUAACCCCGACCUGGAGCCAAAUGCAGCCUCGGUUGUUUCAUGACCUCCACCAACACACACACACACAGACUCACAAACAGAGCUGCGUCCCUGCUGGUCUCGUCCCUAUGAUGUGAUAUUUAUUUCCUCUGCUGAAGCACUGAUCGUUUUACUACAAGAACUCUGUGUGAGUCCGAUCUGCUUUAAUGAAGAACACGUUUUAAACCUCACUCAGCCUGCAUGCGAACAGAAGCUGUCAAACACAACCGUCAUUGCCAUUAUUCAGAGUCACACUGUUGUGACAGAGGUUAUAAAAUCAUCCGCUUAUUCAACUUGUUGCAUGAAUGAAAGAGAGCGGCAUCUACCGGCCUUCAGUUUGUUCUUUCUUGAACAUUGUGAACCAACGAGACUCGAUGUAGAAUGAAAUCUGUUGAUUCACAAUCAAAGCUUCAUCCACACUGUAGGUUAAAGUGACCUAAAAAGCACUAAAAAGGUAACUGCAAAAAUCUGAACCUUGGUUCUUCUGCUCCCUGGGUUAGGGGUUAGGGUUAUCAUCGUUCCCUUUUCUUUUUGCCAAAUAGACUCCUGCAUGUACACUAGUUCAUGUUCAUUACUUUAUUAUCAGAAUUCCACAGGUGUAAUAUAAUGAUGUUCUUAAACGGCAGGGACAGAUAACUGAAUCUCACCUCUGACUUUAAAUUGAGUGUUAAAGCUUUAAAUAUUUAUUUUUUUACAACAUUAACAUAUUAUCACAUUUACAAAGAUAAUCUAUAAAAAAAAUAAUGCACCACAUGCCAAGCCAAUGAUAAGUAAUGUUUGCACUUCCUGUCUCCUAUGAAGAGCUUUUAUCUUUCCCCCGGAAAAACAAUGAAUUCAUUAAAGGUCCCAUAUUAUUCAAAAUACACUUCACCAUGUUUUUCUUAACACUAACAUUUGUCCCUAGUCUGUCUACAAACCCCCCAAUGAUGAGAAAAGUCCAUCCUCUCCGUCUUUUCCCUGCUCCACUGUUCAGAAAAUGUGUGCUCAAACAGGACGUUUGGAGAUUUUCCCUUCAUGACAUCACAAAGGGCAGUAGCCCCUCCCCCAGGUGGGUGACACUCCCACAGCUAGGUGUUUGUUCUGCCCCGAGUCUGACUUUUCACCAUAAACAAUUGGACAUAGAGCGAGAAAGCCCGAGACAUCCAAGCCCUUCCAGAGAGGGGGGCGUGGUCAGACACCACUCAUUUACAUAUUUAAAGGUACAGACACAGAAAUAGCCUGUUCUGAGCAGGGCUGAAAUAGAGGGGUUUAUAGACAUGAUCAAAUACAGGAUCAGAGUGGAUUUAGAACAAGAAACUUCACACACAUGUUUUGGGGAGCUCUGAGAUUUAUUUAAACUAGUUUAAAAGGAUAAUAUUAUAUUAUAAUAUGUGACCUUUAAACUGACAGAGAUUCCCCUGAAGCCUAAACUUAACACAACAUUUCUUUCAGUUUGUGCAUUCCUGAGAGAGAUGUCUCUGAUACAGGAAUUAUAAAGAAAAUGUUGAAUACCAUAACAUUGUCAGAAAUUUCAGAUGAUACGCAGCUUGUGAAAACUGUUCCAAUAUUUACCUUAAUAACUACUGGAGCAAGAAUCUGCACAAUGUGUUCCCACAAUCAUGUUUUCCAUCAGAGUGAAAAGAUGAAGAACCUGCUGCUUGUCUCUUAAAGGGGCGGGUCAUGAGAUAGUGGCUCUGCUGGCACGCUCCGGGGACUGACUGCAGUGCUCACUGUGGAAACAGGAGCAUUGACUAGAGUGGCAGUGAACAGCAGCGUAGAGCGCGAGGAUGACGAGUAUGUGGAAAUUGGCAGUUAGAUUUUAAAAAUGCUGCUCGACUGAAUGCAAAAAAACAAAGCUUACAGUGUGGAUGAAGCCAAACAGGUUUCCAUGAAGCAGAGAGGGCUUUUUCUCCCAACACAAAAGAAGUUCUUUAACACUUAUUUGCACAUGAUCAGUAAUUAAUAAUCUGAAUAUUUAUAAAGAGCCACAGCAGUACCUGUAGCUCUGCUGAGUCAGGAUCAUCCUGGUCUCAUUAGCUCCAUGUUUCCACUGUUCAUGAGCCUUUAUCACUGACAUGUUUUUAAUGUGUGAUUCAAAUUGUGUGAUGAUGCUCGCUGUGUUUACAGUCCUCUGAGCUGAGGACAGCGUAUGAACACAGAACUGAAACAGCCGCCUGUUUUUGUUUACCUGAUCAGCUGUUUUGCUCAGACUACGUCAGCUGCUGGUGGACGAACGAUUUAAUCGCUGAGUCAUACUGACUCCUUUUUCAUCUGUUUUAUUUAUUUGCUGUAAUCGACAUUUUAAAAAGGCUGUUUACAUCUGUGCACGAGGGAUGUGACAUUAGAGGCUGAAUGUGAGCUGUUUGUAAUGUCCGCCUCUUUAAUGCACUCCUGUACAUUAAACUGACCGAUCACAUGAAUAUGCACCUGAAGCCUUAAAGCAAUACUCCAGAUGUUCACUGUCAGGACCAAAACCAAAGUGCAGUCACUGAGAGGAUUUUUAUAUUCAAUAAUUUCUGUAUUUUUUGUUUCAUCAUGAAGACUUCUGUUUCUUUGUACAAUUGAAGACAAAGCAAUAAACAGACUGUUUGAA